AUGGCCCUAAAACUACCUCAGGGGCAGAAGAAGAUGGGCAAGAAAUUCAAGUUCUUCAAGUUCAAGGGCUUUGGCAGCCUCAGUAGCCUCCCGCGAGCCUUCACCCUCCGCCGGGCAUCUGCUCCUGUCAGUCCUCAGUCCCGCCUGGAGCCGGAGAGGCCCUUCGAGAACACCCAGGAUGACCUGGGCACCGUGCCCAAGAGUCCCGUGGCCUAUGCCCGUUCCAGCGACAUGUACAGCCAUAUGGGCACCAUGCCCCGGCACAACUCCAAGCGAGGGGCAGGGGGGCGGGACCCCCAGCCCUGCAGUGAGCAGCAGGACACUGCCUCACCUGCUGAAUUGGCACCUCUGGGGUAUCCGAACGCCCCCACCCUGGUACCAGCCUCAGGGGCCGAAGAGGACAUAAAACCCCUGGAAAUGAACGUUCCUCCAAGUCCCCCACAGCCUCCCAAGACCUCCCCCUCCAUGCCAGGGCAGGUUCUAGCCCAGGAGGCCCCAGACCUGCCUGCCAAAAAGGAGAAAGCUUGCCAGCCCGGGGAAGAGGCAGCUGAGGAGGAGGGAUCCCCUCAGUCAACAUCACCGGAAAGGGUCCCCAAUGGACAGGAGUCCGGCAGUGAAUACGUGAGGUUCUCCAAGGAAAAGUACAUCCUCGACUCAUCCCCGGAGAAGCUGCACAAGGAGCUCGAGGAGGAACUGAAACUAAGCAGCACCGACCUACGCAGCCACGCAUGGUAUCACGGCCGCAUCCCCCGAGAGGUCUCGGAGAGCCUGGUCCAGAGGAACGGAGACUUUCUCAUCCGCGACUCCUUGACCAGCCUGGGGGACUACGUGCUGACCUGUCGCUGGCGCCACAAACCCCUGCACUUCAAGAUCAACAAGGUUAUGGUCAAGGCCGGCGAGAGCUACACCCACAUCCAAUACCUGUUUGAGCAGGAGAGCUUCGAUCACGUCCCCGCCCUGGUGCGGUUCUACGUGGGCAGCCGCAAGGCCGUGUCAGAGCAGAGCGGCGCCGUCAUCUACUGCCCCGUCAACCGCACCUUCCCCUUGCGGUACCUGGAGGCCAGCUAUGGGCUCAGCCACGGCAAACCCGGGGGGCCCAGCAGCCCCUCCGGCCAGAAGGGGGGACACAUGAAGAGGCGGAGCAUCACCAUGACGGACGGACUCACGGCUGACAAGGUCACCCGGGCGGAGGGCUGUCCCACCAGCGUCUCUCUGCCCCAUCACCGGGACGCCAUCCGCAACUGCGCCCUCAGCAUGGACCAGAUCCAGGAUCUGCACUUACCCAUGUCCCCCAUUUCAGAGAGCCCGGGUUCCCCAGCCUACAGCACUGUGACCCGGCUAAAGCCCUCAGGAAUCCCAGCCACAGGCGUGGCCCCCGCCUCCCCCGCCACCCGCCGCUCCAGCGAACCCCAGCUCUGCCCGGGAAGCAACCAUAAGCCCUUGGGCGAGCCGGCCGACAGCGCUCACUCGGCCCCGGGCCCCGGCUACCCCCAGGCUUCGCCCUCGCCCUCCCUCAACAGCUACAGCGACCCGGAUUCCGGCCAUUACUGCCAGCUGCACCCGCCCUCCCCGGGUGGUCGGGAGCGGGCAGGGCCCGAACCCCCGGGCCGUGGGACUAAGAGCCACGUGGAGCGGCUGAAGGGGGAGGAGGGGCCGCGCUUAGCAGACGGUAGCCCCUCAGAGGGCCACCGGGACGGGGGCUUCACCACCCCCCUGGUGGAAGCUCCUUCCUCUUUCAACCCAACCACGUUCCAGUCCCUGCUCAUCCCACAUGACAACAAACCUCUGGAGAUGAGCAUCCUCAGGCGGGUCAAGGAGCUACUGGCUGAGGUGGACACCAAGACGCUGGCCCGGCACAUCACCAAAGUCGACUGCCUGGUUGCUAGGAUACUGGGCGUUACCAAGGAGAUGCAGCGGCUCAUGGGAGUCAGCUCGGGCAUGGAGCUGCUCACCCUCCCCCAUGGACGGCAGCUCCGGCUGGACCUUCUGGAACGGUUCCACACCAUGUCCAUCAUGCUGGCCGUGGACAUCCUGAGCAGUACGGGCGCCACGGAGGACCGGGCCAUGCUGCUGCACAAGACCAUCCAGCUGGCGGCCGAGCUGCGGAACACCAUGGGCAACAUGUUCAGCUUCGCCGCCGUCAUGGGUGCUCUGGACAUGAGCCAGAUUGCCCGACUGGAGCAGACGUGGAUGAUGCUACGGCAGAGGCAUACGGAAGGCGCCAUCCUGUACGAGAAGAAGCUGAAGCCGUUCCUCAAGAGCCUCAAUGAGGGCAAAGAAGGCCCUCCACUGAGCAACACCACUUUCCCCCACGUGCUGCCCCUCAUCACCUUGCUGGAGUGCGACGCGGCCCCACCGGAGGGCCCCCAGCCCUGGGAGACCACCGACCAGGGGGUGGAGGUGGUCCUGGCCCACCUAGAGGCGGCCCGCAUGGUGGCCCACCACGGGGGUCUCUACCACACCAACGCUGAGGUCAAGCUGCAGGGCUUCCAGGCCCAUCCAGAGCUCCUGGAAAUCUUCAGCACCGAGUUCCAGAUGCGUCUCCUCUGGGGAAGCCAGGGGGCAGGCAGUAACCAGGCCAAACGCUACGAGAAGUUUGACAAGGUGCUCACGGCCUUGUCCCAUAAGGUGGAACCCCCCGUCCGCUCCAGUGAGCUGUAGCAUCGCCCACGGGGGCAGAGGAGGUCUCUGAGAGCCACCCGACAUCCCCCAACCCCCACCCCAGGGCCACCUCAGCCCCCACCCACGUUUUCUCUCCCCUCAGGUGGCAGGUAGCGCGGUGGGAUGGUGAGAGGUUGGGGGGAGUGGUGAUCCCAUCUCUGGGAGGAAAGCCCACUCCCCAAGGAUCCCGGAACAGAACGUAGGGCCAAAACAAAGUGGCUGCUUCCGGCCAUCCCGAAGAGCCUAGACUGUGUGGUGAGGUUGAUGUGGGGGGACACUGGGCCAGAGGGGCUCCCAGAGAUCAGAAAGAAUGGUGAGCUCCCAAAACCCUCGGCCCCACCCCAUCCUGGCCCUGACGCUCUCCUCCCUCCCUCAAACCUUUCAAGAAACUGCCCCUUGGACCUUUCCUCGGCUUUCCCUUCCUUGGUAAAGGCCACAGUUGUCUGAGGACUCCCAUCUCAGUUUCACUCGUGGCCUCCCCUGACACACUGCUGGGACUCCCAGGUAGGAAGGUCCCAGAAGCCCAUUCCCUCUCUCCUCUUGCCCGUUGGGCGUCCCUCCCUCAGCCUCUGCCCUCCCCGCUCCCUGCCCUCUAUCCCUCGGAAGUUCCAUUCCCCAGGUCACUUGAAUCGAGCUUUGGGCCUGGCCCCACGAUGAACAGCCUUGGUCUCGCUGUAAAUACAUCCGGUUGGUUCUGUAAAUAUGUGUACAGAUCCCUAGUCUUUCUUACACACAAUAAACUUUUAUGGAUCUUC